UACCACUGGGGGAAGGAGUUGGGGACCUGGGUCUACAGGGUUGGUGUCAUCUGCCUACAGUGUGGUGUGAAGGCAUGGAUCAGAAGCUGAGCCGAGGUGCUGUGCUGCUGCUGCCGCCGCUGUUACAGCUUCUGUGGCUGCUGCCCCACUCCUGGGCUGUUCCCGCAGCUCUCAUCCCAGUGUGGCAGGAGGAGCUGCAAAACCACACGUUCCGGCGCACAGUGUUCUGCCAAGAAGGCUUUCCCAACAUCGGGCUCUCUGAAAGCUAUGACGAGGACCAGGUUUUCUCCUUCGAUUUCUCCAAGGACACCCGGGUGCCUCGCUUGCCUGAAUUUGCUGACUGGGCCAAGGACCAGAGCGAUGCGGCUGCCAUUGCAUUUGACAGAAAAUUCUGCAGGGAUAUGGUCCAGGACCUGGACCCGUAUUUCAAUGGGAAAAUCCCAAUGUCCAGAGGCUUCCCUGUCCCUGAGGUGUUCACACUGAAGCCCCUGGAGUUUGGGAAGCCGAACACACUGGUCUGCUUCAUCAGUAACCUCUUUCCCCCCAUGCUGACGGUGGACUGGCAGCACAAUUAUGACCCAGUGGAAGGAGCUGGACCCACUUUUGUCUCAGCAGUCGGUGGACUCAACUUCCAAGCCUUUUCUUAUUUAAACUUCACACCAGAACCCUCUGACCUCUUCACCUGCCUGGCCACUCAUGGAAUUGACGGCUACACUGCAGUUGCCUAUUGGGUGCCCCACAACGCUCUGCCCUCUGAUCUCCUGGAGAACGUGCUGUGCAGUGUGGCCUUUGGCCUGGGUGUACUGGGCAUCAUCGUGGGCACUGUCCUCAUCGUCUACUUCCAGAGGCCUUGCUCGGGUGACUGAUUCUUCCCGACUGGAGUUUGAUGCCAACAGCGUGUCCCAGCAGAGGAAGCGCAGAUGCUCAAGUCCUGUGCAGGAUAUUUCCUCAGAACAGGAAAAGUUCCCGACAUUGCCCGAGGGAUGCGGAGUCGGUGUCUCAGGCGGGGCCACGAGGAGCCUUGGUUUUGCAUCCUGAGGAGCCCAUCACAGCCGCCUCCCUUCCUACUUUGAGGCAAUAAAACCCAGUCCUAGGUUCUUAA